CCGCAAGGCGCAUUCGACAAGCCUCAAGAACGAUGGCUGAAAGGAUUAAUGACGCGUAUACGUCCAUAUUCUGCGAGAAUGAUCGCUGUGCACCGCCGGCCACUGCGCCCAGAGGCGGUGACGGCAAGGACAAGAAAACCUCCGCAUAAAUGUAGCGCGUGUAGCAGAGCCGUUGCACGCGCUAUAAUUCGGCUCUAAACUCUCAUAUUUAUCUCUAUUGAGCAGUUUAUCGUUUCUUAUCUUUUCUUGUCUCCUACCUCCUAUCGCUCGAGCCAGAUCAGUCCCGAGGGACGUAGGCCGCGGUACACACUUAGUUUCAUCGCAGAUACUAACCGCAGGUAAACUCUUUUAGCCUGCUACUCGGCCUCGCGAACGGCGGUUUCAGCCCUACCAUUGUGCGAUCCCUCGUACGGGCACCCCCAACCAUGGCCCUUCUGCUCCGGCAGAUCUGGUCCUUGUCUGCCAAGACCCUACGCAUCACGCUUUGGCGGCACUGGAUCUCAACGCCGCUUCGAGCUCUUGUUCUCCCGAUACUCAUUGUGCUUUUCCUGUCUUUCACCAAGAACUUCAUUUCCAAAGACUCCACGUAUGGAUUCGGAGAGUCCCGUCUCGUUCGACCUCUUUCCGAUGUGCUUAGUACAGCAUCUGGAGAGCGUAACCAAGUUAUAUUCGUCACUCCCUUUGCCGGUGGAGAGAUUGAACGCGUGAUUGAAGAAGUGGCAGCACCGUUGAGGAACUCUGGAGUGAAGAUUCAGACCCUGAAAAGAGAGGAAGAGCUUCGUUCAGCAUGCUUCAGCACCAUACGUGGUACAUCCAAAUGCCUUGGGGCCGCCGUUUUCCACUCCUCUCCUUCUGAGGGCGCGAAUGGAACAUGGAACUAUACUCUUCGUGCAGACGGUGCUCUUGGGCAGACCUUCUUCGCCGAUUCGGAUGUCAACGAUGCCCAGGUCUACACUCUUCCCUUCCAACAUGCCAUUGAUUUUGCCAUCGCGCGCCACACUAAUUCUUCGAACUCUACCGCCUUAUCGGUACCGAUCCACGAAUACCCUUUCACGUCUAAAACAGAGGAAGAAAGGAAAGACGACAAUCGAGUUCGAUUCAUGGACAUGAUCAAGGACGUACUCGCCGCUCCGUUCUACCUCGCUAUGGCUUGUGUCAUCUACCAGAUGACUGGAUUCAUCGCCACCGAGCAAGAAAUUGGCAUGGCUCGACUCCUGGAUACCAUGAUGCCGAAUCAGAAACGUUGGCAGCCUCCGGUGGCGCGAAUCCUCUCGAACCACUUCGCCUUCGACUUGCUCUACCUACCAGGAUGGAUUGCAGGUGGUGCAAUCCUCGGUGCCAUGUGCUUUCCUGCUACGACGAUUAUCAUUCCAAUCAUGUUCCACGUCUUAGCGGGUCUAUCAACGACCUCGUUUGCGGCUUUCGCAGCGGCAUUCUUCCGAAAGGCGCAAUUAAGCGGUAUCAUCGCAAUCAUUGGGGCACUGAUUCUCGCCAUCGUAGCUCAGCUGGUGAAAUCAGGGACUGCCGUGGUCGUGAUCCUGUCGCUCCUCUUUCCUCCUAUGAACUACGUUUACUUCCUCGUCACCAUGACACAUUGGGAGAGCGACAACCGAGCGACCAAUCUCGUCCAGGGUGCUCCGAAUAGCUCCUUUGCAGUACCGGCCAUUGUUUUCUGGGCGUUCGCCUGCAUUCACGCCAUCGUAUACGUGGUACUGGGUGUUCUCGUCGAACGUUGGAUUUAUGGGACAUCAUCUUCGUCGCGUCAAACAGUGGUCUCUCCUUCGCCGAUCGCUGUCAGCUUGAAUGGCUUCACGAAAGAGUAUGCUCCGGAUUGGAUGGCGAAAACGCUUCAGUUCUUCAACAAGGGACUGCUGGACGGUGUACUUGCGGUGGACAACCUCAAUCUCCAGGCGUACCGAGGAGAAAUUAUGGUCCUGCUGGGUGCGAAUGGAAGUGGGAAAUCGACAACCCUGGACGCGAUUGCCGGACAACACUCUAUUUCCGCUGGCGAUAUCACUCUCAACUACAACAACCCACAGGAAGGCUUCGGCUACUGCCCUCAAAAGAACAUUCUCUGGGAUGAUUUAACGGUCCGCGAGCAUGUUGACAUCUUCGACCGGAUCAAGGCCGUCGGAAAACCUGCGACGCGUGCCGAGCAGGACAGUCUUAUUGAAGCGUGUGAUCUUUCGAAGAAAAAGAGCGGUCUGUCGAAGUCUCUUUCGGGUGGGCAGAAGCGCAAGCUCCAGAUGGCGAUGAUGUUUGCAGGAGGCUCCGCCGUCUGCUGCGUUGAUGAAGUAUCAUCUGGCGUCGAUCCGCUGUCUCGCAGGAAGCUAUGGGACAUUCUCCUCGCUGAACGCGGUCGCCGCUCGAUUAUCCUCACGACGCAUUUCCUUGAUGAGGCAGAUCUACUCGCGGAUCGGAUAUCCAUACUCUCCAAAGGCCGACUUCGAGCUGUAGGUUCCUCAGUUGAGCUAAAGGAUAAGCUAGGCUCUGGCUAUCGGGUACACAUGCGACACGCUCCUGGUGCGCUCCAGCGACCUCCUUUGUACCGCGAUGUGCUUCAUACAGAUCACGGCCAUGAAGUUACUUACUUUCCUGGGACAUCCGCGGACGCAUAUCGGCUCCUCAGAAGAUUGGAUCAGGACGGAGUGCAGAAUUAUGAGGUUAACGGACCAACACUGGAAGACGUCUUCUUCAAAGUCGAGGAGGAAACGCGUGCUCAAGCAAAUCAUCGCUCUUCGUACGACUCGGGAAAACCUUUGGUUACCUCCGACGAGGAAAAGCAAAAUGCUGUGUUCGAACUGGGUAAAGGGAGACCCAUUGGUCUGGUGAGACAGAUGAAAGCUCUGGUAUCCAAACGCUUUCUGAUUCUGUGGAGGAAUCCAGCCCCUUAUGUCGCACUCCUCGCCAUCGCGCUUAUCGCGGCGGGAUGCUCGACCCUCUUUCUGAAGAACGCCCGGGUUGGCCAAUGCAACCCAGAGGAUGCAGUAUCUUCCAACAGUCAACAGUCCGCCGUGGAGUAUCAAUUGGUCGCCGGGCCACAAGAGCAACUAUCUGCAGCCGCGAUUGAGAAGAUUGCUGCAGCACCUCCAGGAUCUGUCUCGGUUGUUGAGACUCUUGAGGAUUUCAACUCCGCAGUAUCACGCCGUUAUGGCGAACUCAUUCCUGGUGGCUUCUUCCUGGGCUCCGAACCUACAAUCGCCUGGAAAGCGGACGGGCCAGCCCCGGUCAUGGCGCAUAUCACGCAGAACUUAUUGGAUAACCUUCUCUUCAACAUCACAAUAUCCAGUAGCUACGAGGUUCUCGACGUGCCGUUUGUGGCGGACAUCAGUCAAUAUCUGCUGUUCAUCGUCUACUUCGGACUUUCGAUGGCUGUCUAUCCGGCAUUCAUGGCCCUAUAUCCGACUAUGGAGCGUCUCCGAGGCAUAAGAUCAAUGCACUACAGCAACGGCGUGCGACCACUGCCUCUCUGGCUCGCCUACCUGUUCUUCGACUUCCUGUUCGUCAUCGUUAUUAGCUUCGUGUCGAUCAUCAUCUUCGCCGGGAUGCUAGACAUUUGGUAUGCGAUAGGAUACCUUCUUCUCGUCUUCCUCCUGUACGGUAUCGCUGCUGGGCUGUACUCUUACGUCGUAUCUCUAUUCUCCUCGUCUCAACUAGCAGCGCUCGCUGUCACGGCGGCCACCCAAACUGUCUUCUUCCUGGCCUACUUCGUCAUCUUCAUGGUGGUCUACACAUUCACCGAGUCGUCGAAGCAGGAUUCUACCAUGGACAUCGCGUACUUCAUUCUGGGCCUUUUCUCUCCUGUAGUCAACCUUUCACGCGCGCUCUACACCACCCUCAAUGUGUUCGGAGUUUCAUGUCGAGACAAGAAACUGGCUUCGUACCCGGGAGCCAUUGACCUAUACGGGGGACCGAUCUUGUACCUCAUCUUACAAUCGCUCUUCCUCUUCGCCAUCGUCUUCUUGAAAGAGUCCGGGACUACUUUCUCUCUGCGAAGGCCGAGGAGGAAGACAGAGCAGGAAGACAUCGAGCUUGAAGCACCAAUGGACCCAGUUGGCGCCACGCGAUCAGGCGAUGGCUUGCAGGUUCUCAACCUUCGGAAGCAGUUCAAGAAACACAUUGCAGUCGACGAUGUCACUUUCGGUAUUCCGCCCGGCGAAUGCUUUGCGCUGGUCGGCCCCAACGGUGCCGGCAAAUCCACCAGUAUAUCGAUGAUCCGAGGCGACCUUCAGCCAAGCGGCCACUACAGUCAGAUCUUCAUCGACGGACUUUCAGCCCUGCAACAUCGAGGCAAAACGCGCACCAAGCUGGGCGUUUGCCCACAAAUCGAUCCUCUCGACCACAUGACGGUAGCCGAGCAUCUCCACUUCUACGCGCAGAUCCGCGGUCUAAAGAACCCUUCUGCAUCCGUCCAAGCGACCAUCACAGCUGUCGGCCUCGACGCAUUCACGCAUCGCAUCGCAUCCAAGCUCUCCGGCGGCAACAAGAGGAAGCUCUCCCUCGGCAUCGCCCUGGUCGGUAACCCAAGCGUCUUGCUCCUCGACGAGCCCUCCUCCGGCAUGGACGCAGUCAGCAAGCGCAUCAUGUGGCGCACUCUGUCUUCCCUCACGCCAGGCCGCUCCCUCCUCCUAACCACGCACUCGAUGGAAGAAGCGGACGCGCUCGCCACCCGCGCAGGCGUCAUCGCCAGCCGCAUGCUCGCCCUCGGUACCAUCGACGAGCUCAAAUCCCGCUAUGCCAACGCGUACUACGUCCACCUCGUGCAUCGGCACGGCGCGCACACUAGUCCCUCUGAAAUGGAGCGCAUGCAAGCCUGGGUGCAGAGCGAGUUUCCUGAAGCCCGGUUUGAGGGCUGGAUUGUGUAUGGACAGGUCAAGUUCCGGCUUCCGCUGAGGGAGGCGGGCGGUCUAAGGAGUUUGGCGGAUAUCUUUGGGAAGCUGGAGGUGGCGAAGGCGGCGUUGGGUGUGGAGUACUAUGGGGUUAGUACGGCGACGUUGGAUCAGAUUUUCUUGGAGGUGGUGGGGAGGCAUAGGGUUGAGGAGGAAGGGUAGUGAGACUGCGGGAGGAGUAAGGGAUGCGUUUGGGAGUACGGAAUUAUUUUUUGGUGAUAGAGCGUAAUCGGGAAGGUUUUUUUCAUGAUGUAUUCUGUUCUGUGCUGGGUUCUUAGCGCUUAUUCUUGGGCUUCGUUGUUUCACUGAUAUGCGUGAGGCAGGUACACAUUUCUGCUACACGAACCGAAAGCCAAAAGGCGGGUACAAUGAGUGCUGCCGGCGAACUGAGUGAGAAACUGCGCAAGGUAGACAUACUGUUACGCGGCUGGGACUAAUAGGUGCUAACUGAUCACAUGGGCCACUGGACCUUAUGCAAGAUGGAGUGUUCUGUAUAUACCCAGGUCGGAUUUAAAUGUCCUACUAUGUC